CACCAUUCUCAUCUCCUCUGUUCCACAAUACACCCUAAGACUAAUCCUUCGAGUCAGUAUACUCUCAGAGAUGGAGGGUUGGGACUCGACAACGAAAUCAACGUUGACCCAGAUCCCCUUGCUGUCUGUAAAGGCAGGCCCACGCGAUGGCGCAGCGUGGACGCAGCGUUUGAAGGAGGAGUAUAAGGCGCUGAUUGCCUAUACCUCAAUGAACAAGGCCAAGGACAACGAUUGGUUUCGGAUCUCCGCCGCCAAUCCGGAGGGGACCCGUUGGACAGGAAAGUGCUGGUACAUUCACAAUCUCCUCAAGUACGAGUUUGAUUUGCAAUUCGAUAUUCCUGUCACUUACCCAGCCACCGCUCCUGAACUCGAGUUACCCCAGCUAGAUGGGAAGACGCAAAAGAUGUAUCGAGGUGGGAAGAUAUGCUUGACAGUGCAUUUCAAGCCACUAUGGGCGAAAAACUGCCCUAGGUUUGGAAUAGCACAUGCACUUUGUCUAGGCCUUGCACCAUGGCUAGCAGCAGAAAUCCCAAUUCUAGUUGAUUCUGGCAUGAUUAAGCACAAAGAUGAUGCAUCCUCAUCCAAUGAAUCUUGAAGACAAUCCUCUGAGUUUAGGGGCUGAUAGAAUAAAUUUUAACUUUUGCGAAUUUUGUCAUGAGCAACUUAGCUCAUGAUUUAUUACUUUUGAUAAAUCCUCCAUUGCUAAUUAUUUGUGUGAAGUUGUAAUUUUGUCAUAUAUAGAUGGAAAUAUAUUUUGGCUGAAGGUUAAAUUAUAUAUCUGGUGAAGUUUUUUGCAGUAUCAA